CAUGAGCCACAAGAAAUGGGACGGCGUAUCCUUCACUACGGACUAAUGCCUACCAAGCGAAACACUAACAACAUGGCCGGAUUCCAAGCAGCACCAGUUGGAGCAGUUGAAGUUGAGCAUGACAGUAAGAACUACGGGGUACCAGACCUCAUGCUGAAAGGGCCGUCAAGUAUCAAGGAGUCGUUAACAUCAUCGCAUCCUCUUGAAGAGUCUGAGAAAUUUCAUUUGAGCAGAAGCCAGCAGCAAGAGUUUCUGAUGCUACGUAAGACCCAGGGCCUUCAUGCACCACUGAAACUACAGAUGGAGAUCCAUGCAGCGAAACAGAUCCAGAGAGCACCCUGCCUGAUGAGCUCAUAUGCUUCCCUGGAUACAUUGCUUGGACGGGAUGAAUCUAUCGGCUUUGAAGAUUUUCUCAACGCUCCCGGUGAUGCUGAAGUGAUGGGUAAUCCACAUGCUCUCAUGGAGAAAAGACUGGGUCUGCUUUGAUGACUCCAUUAACAUUCUCGUAGUUAGAGUUAAUCAACUUCUCUUUUAUUAUAGUUAGGGACAUGUUUGUAAAGGACGCCACAUUCUUUCCUGGUGCACUUUUCCCAUCAUGCCUAUGGUUUGUUGUCUAAUUGUAUCUCAAAAUUGAGGGCACCCUUCAUACUUUAUGGACUACUUUCAUGUAGUACAUAAUUAAUACAAACUGUAUUUACAAACGAUACAUUUUCACACCUUUCGGUUCUUAACCCUAGGAAGACAAAGAAGGAAAUUACUGGAUGGCCAGUACAUAACUUUUUGUUUCAAUAUUAUGGAGUGGUUUAUAGUUGUAUUUAUAGACAUUUUGCUUUAGGUAUACACUUUAGAUCUCAGUCACAAAAAUGAAAGUUGGAAACGAGAGAAUAAUAAUUCAAUUGGUGGUUUUGGAACAAGUUUAUUUGGUUAAAGUAUCUUAUAUUGCAAACACUGUGCUUCUAUAUUAGUACACACUUCACAAAACAUACAUUAUGCACCAAUUCAAUUCUACUUUGAGUAUCGUUCCAUAAAAUAUCUGGCAGUCAAGCUACGUGAUAUCCUUAAGAUAUUUCCCGUUAAUAGUACUUCAUACUCUUAUUACAAUGCUGUAAAUCCAGUGAUUAAAAAUUACUUGAAUCUCUGAAAGUA